UCUCUCUCAAAAAAAAAAGAAAGUACUUUUCCGAUUUCUCUCUCCGGUGGUCUCAGUCCUGCUAACGUGCGCCGGUAUCGGCGGUGCGUCGGACUUAGGGUGUUUCCUGAGAUGUCUCCGGCGGCUUCGCGGACGACGGUUGUCAUAAGGAUAUCUCGGUAUAGGCGGGCCCAGUAGAAAGUAAGGGAAAACGGAAAUCAGACGUCUGAAGGAUUUUGAGUUGUGUUGUGGGACCUAACGUAAGAAUGGACGGCCAGAAAAGUCAGGUGAAGCUCACGAGAACUCAGUCGUCGCUUCUCCGGUCGUCGCCGACCAUCCGAUCGUCCAUCCACAGCCUCGAAGGUGGUGACAGUAGUAGUAAGCCUCUGCUUAAAGAAGAGGAAGGGGAAAGAGACCCGGAGUCGUUACUGAGAGAGGAGAAGAGGAGAAAGCCCUUGAACAAGUACGGGUCGACUCCGAGAAUCGUUGUGACUCGGUUCAACCGGGUGCUGGCCAUGGUUUCGAUCUCCUUCUUCUUCCUUUUCUCUCUCCUUUUGUUCUUCUUCUUCUACAUCAGAAGAGAAGAGAUACCCACAUCGGAAAACCUUCUGCUUGCCCUUACUUUUGUCGCCAUCACUCUGUUUUUUGCUAGCAGAAACAAGUCUCUCAUAAACCGAAGGUUUGCUUCUUGCAAACUAACAUGGGACGAUUACGCAAAAAGACUCGGCUUUCACUCAUCUAACGCUAGUACAAAACCGGUACAGUGGUUCAUCGGGGAAAACAGAGUUUGCAAGAACACCAAGGAGAAGCAGAAGAAGUUGGUGAGAGAAGGGGUGGAAUUCUACAGUAAUGGUGAUUUUUACGAGGGGGAAUUUCACAAGGGGAAGUGCAAUGGAAGCGGGGUCUACAACUACUUUGUGAAUGGAAGGUACGAAGGGGACUGGGUGGAUGGAAGGUAUGAUGGGUAUGGGGUGGAGAGCUGGGCCAGGGGGAGUAGAUAUAGAGGGCAGUAUAGACAGGGUUUAAGGCAUGGAUAUGGGGUUUAUAGAUUCUAUACGGGGGAUUCGUAUGCCGGUGAGUGGUGCAAUGGGCAGAGUCAUGGGCUUGGUAUGCAGACUUGCGCAGACGGCAGCUGUUACAUCGGAGAGUUCAAGUGUGGGGUUAAGCAUGGACUUGGCUGCUACCAUUUCAGGAAUGGAGAUAGAUAUGCUGGAGAAUAUUUUGGGGACAAAAUACACGGGUUUGGUGUUUAUCAUUUCACUAAUGGUCACUAUUAUGAGGGAUCUUGGCAUGAAGGUCGCAGGCAGGGAUAUGGCAUGUAUGCUUUUCGUAAUGGUGAGACAAAAUGUGGUGAAUGGGAUGCCGGCGUCCUUAAGACACCUCAAUCUCCACUAACUGAUGCAGUAGUUCGGGCAGUUCAGGCUGCUAGAAGAACAGCAGAAAAUGCAAUCAGCCUCCGCCGGAUUGAUGAGCAGGUGAACAAGGCAGUUCUUGCUGCAAACAGGGCAGCAACGGCUGCUAGAGUUGCUGCUGUCAAGGCUGUUCAGAACCGGAUGGAUGGUAAAUUUUGUGAUACGGAAUGUCUAAGGGAUUAGCUUAUGGUCAAAAUGUAAAUUCUUUUACUAAUUUUUAUGAACUUGAAGAGGUCACCCCAACGAGCAAAAAGCUCAUCGGAGGUUGAGAGAGCAUGUUUGAGGUCCAUUUUAUCACUUCACACCACAACUUGUAUAUAGAUCAUGUAACCUGUAUAUCAAUGGAAGACGAGUUUUUCAAGGGGUUUUUUUUCCCAUCCUUUAUUGAUGCAAUCCCAUGUGUCUAGUGUGUGGGGCUGAUGAUUCAAGUAGGGUGUAAUUAUUUUGUUUUGCGAUGCAAUAAUGAGAUCGUAGCUUU